GGGGCCAGGCGCUUGUCCGUAUUCCCCCUACACAUUAAAAGUAACUCUCGAACAGCUGUGACUCUCACUGUGAAAAGAAGAGGAGCGGCGCCAAGUAAGAGUAAAGGAGCUUCUAGAAUCUGCAAGAAACCUGUCUGAUGCAGUUGUUAAACAAUGGCACUUUACAAUGAAAAUUUGAAUCCAAAGAAAAUGAAGAACCCUACUGUGACAAUAUUGAAAGAAAUCUUACGAACAAAAAUCAAACUAGAUGAAGAAAUGGAGAAGACUAAUAAUGCAAUAUUAAAAGAAUUUAUGACCACAUUUGUAGCAGAAAUGAAAGAGAAAGACGAGGUGUUUGCCACUGUGUACCAAAAACCUUUUUAUGCUGGCAGCUACUACUCUGAUUUGCGAAUAUCCAAACCUGAUGAAUUUGAUAUAAAUCUAGUAUUAAAGUUUCCUUUCAGAGAAGAAGAUGUGGAAGUAAUUUAUCAGCCCCAAACUCCAUCUUUUGUAAAAUAUCAUCUGAAGAAUCCUGCAAAGUAUGAGGACCGUUACUCAAAAUUACUAAAGGUUUUAUUUCAAGAUGGCUAUUUGAUACCUGAAGAAAUGAGAAAAUGGAUUCAAAGUGUUGUUGACAAAGCAAAGUUAACUUAUAGACUGCCAGCAAGCUGCAGAUCUCUGAGCUGUACGGCAUCAGGUCCUGCAAGAACUAUAAGGUUAACUACAAGAUCUGGAGUUGAGAUUGAUAUUGAUCUGGUACCUGCUAUUCAUUGUAAUCUUUCCAAACCUCCUGGAAUGGAUGGUCGAGUAGCAGCUAAAUGUGGGACAAGCCUUGAGGGUCAGACUUAAGAAGAGCUACCCACUUUACAUGAUGAUCUGAAACCUGGACUUUUAUCAACAAAAAUUUGUGAUGAAGUUUGUGAAAAAAUUUGAACUUUUACCAUAUGGAACUAUCAAGAACUUUACAAAAUUUCAUAGGACAUUCUUACCUCAGAACUCUAAAAUAUGCUAUUGUUUAAAAAUAAUACAUUGCUAAAAUUCAUAAUUCAAUUCAAAAUUUUAUGACUUUCAAUGAAAUGUCAAAAUAUCGGUCAAAAUUUUAUGACAAUAAUUUUUUGUUUAAAAGUUA